AUGUCAGUGUAUUGCUCAUUUUACAGUUGCUAUCUGAUCCGAUCCCUAAAAGAAGGCCAGCAAAAUAAAGUCUAUGUGGGAUCAACGCCAAAUCCCAUCCGACGUCUAAGGCAGCAUAAUGGCGAACUUACUCAGGGUGCUUAUCGAACCAAAAGACAUAGACCUUGGCAAUAUGUCAUGAUUGUCCAUGGAUUUCCUUCAAAGAUACAUGCUCUGCAAUUCGAGUGUGCUUGGCAAAAGCCUCUUGUGAGUCGUCAUACAAAGAUCAUUGAUACUGAAUUGAAGUCUCGAUUGCAAGAGAAUACGAAGAAAUCCAAUCUGAUGCUCACCAAGAUGUGGGCAGCGCAGAUGCUUCUUAAUACAAAGCCAUUUUCUUUGCUUCCACUUAAAAUUCGCUUUGUGCUGCCAAAUUUACAAUCAUUGUUCCUAGAACAUGUUACAUUGCCACCGCAGAUCACUUGUUCUCUUGGGCCAGUGGAUGAGCUACUCCGUGACGCAAAGGAACAUGACACUGAAGUUUUGACAAGAUUUGGGCUGUCAAGGAACACAGAUGGUUCUAAACAUUGCUUUCUAUGCCCCAAGACAUUACUAGACGAAGAUACGAUAGACUAUGUGGAAUGCUCCGAGUGCUAUGCGAUGAAAAGCCAUGUCCUGUGUUUGGCAGCAAAAUGGACUCCGUUAUUGGAACUGAUACCUGUGAUGGGAGAGUGUCCAAACUGUAAUUCUACACUGCUAUGGGGUGACCUCAUCCAGAACCUCAAAUUGAAAAACUCGAGCAUGUCAGGUCAGAACAGAGUUCAGGAAGAUGUCGAUGAAACAAUGGACGAUGAUUUCUCGACCGCCUCCACAUCAACCAUUAGCUUAAAUUGA